AUGCCGACUGGCGGUUUGAUUAAGUGGUGUUUAGCUGAAUUUGCGCUGACAGAUAGGAGAGCAGCUCCACGUAUCAAUAAGCGAAUGGAUGCAGAGACAAGUUUUUGGGGCCUUUGGGGAAAAACUGUGGAUACAAUUGACUACUACACAGCUGAAAUUUGGAAGUUAAGCGAAGAAACUGCUAGCAAUCAAAAGAAAGGAUUCAUAGCUGUCACCGCACACUUUAUUGAUGAUUCAUGGACAUUGCAAAGUCGCAUUUUGAGGUUUAUUUAUGUUCCAUGUCCACACACAAAAGAAGUUCUUUGUGAUACUUUGCUUGAGUGUAUGGUGGACUGGAAUAUUGAUAGAAAAAUCUCGACUGUUACUGUUGAUAAUUGCUUCACAAAUGAUGUCAUGAUUACCAUGUUGAUGGAUAAGUUAAGUAAUUCAUCGCUUUUGUUGGGUGGUACUUUGUUUCAUAUGCGCUGUUAUGCGCAUAUUUUGAAUUUGAUAGUGAAAGAUGGAUUGGAUGUCAUACGAGUGGGUGUGGAGAAAAUUCGAGAGAGUGUAGCUUAUUGGACAGCAACACCAAAAAGACUAGAAAAAUUUGAAGAAACAGUCAACCAGUUGCGUAUUCCACAUACUAAGAAAUUAGGACUUGAUUGUGCAACUAGGUGGAACUCAACCUACUUGAUGCUUCAGACAGCCUUAUUGUAUAAGGAUGUCUUUUCUAGGUUGAAAAUUAGAGAGCCCCAAUAUAAGACUAUGCCAACUGAGCAAGAAUGA